CGAGCGGCCUCCUGGAGCUUCAACCCCGACACUGUCUUUCUGGCGAGUGUUCUGUCUUGCUGUGUGACCCUCACUCCUCAAACACGGGAUUUUUGUAUUAGUGAAGAUGUGGCUCGGCGGCGAUGUAGCUUGGGGGCAACGGUAUUAGAUCCCCAAGCCCUGUAUUUGACUUUCCAGGUCGACAGUCCGUUUUGUGGUGGUACUGCUCGCUCCACCGAUCAAUCAGUCCCUACUGUCUGGAAGCCAUCUUGCCUGAGUAGAGAAGAUGUCGUCGGUGAAGGUGGCAGUAAGGGUGAGGCCCUUCAACAACCGCGAGAUCGCCCGAGAAUGCAAGUGCAUCAUUGACAUGGGAGGCAAGACCACAAGUAUAACUAAUCCAAAAGCACCACCGGGGAGCAAGGAUGCCUCCAAGAACUUCAACUUCGACUACUCAUACUGGUCACAUGAUGUACAUGACAGUAACUUUGCAUCACAAUCUGACGUGUUUAGAGAUAUAGGAGAAGAAAUGUUGCAACAUGCCUUCGAAGGUUACAAUGUUUGUAUUUUUGCAUAUGGGCAGACGGGCGCAGGGAAAUCAUACACAAUGAUGGGUAAACAAGAGGAGGGUCAGGAAGGAAUCAUUCCUCUUGUAUGUAAAGACAUGUUUCGAAGAAUUGCAAAUUGUAAAGAUGAGGAGCUGCAGUAUUCCGUUGAGGUAAGUUACAUGGAAAUCUACUGUGAACGUGUAAGGGACCUGCUGAAUCCUAAGAAACAAAACAAUCUUCGUGUGCGUGAGCAUCCUCUCCUUGGUCCAUAUGUGGAAGACCUCGCAAAAUUAGCAGUCACAACCUAUGAAGACAUUCACAAUUUAAUAGAUGAAGGAAACAAAGCCAGAACGGUGGCAGCUACCAACAUGAAUGAAACAUCUUCUCGUUCCCAUGCAGUGUUUACAAUUGUUUUAACUCAGCGUCGUAAUGAUUCCACCACAAAACUCUCAACAGAGAGAGUCUCGAAGAUAUCUUUAGUGGAUUUAGCUGGUUCUGAAAGAGCAGAUUCCACCGGAGCAAAAGGUACUCGGCUGAAAGAGGGUGCUAACAUCAAUAAAUCAUUGACCACACUUGGCAAAGUCAUCUCUGGUCUUGCUGAAGUAGCCUCAAAACCAAAUAAGAAAAGAAAAACAGAAUUCAUCCCAUAUCGUGACUCGGUACUGACGUGGCUUCUUAGAGAAAAUCUUGGUGGAAACAGCAAAACUGCUAUGGUUGCAGCCAUAUCUCCUGCAGAUAUUAACUAUGAUGAAACACUCUCGACUCUUAGGUAUGCAGAUCGAGCCAAACAAAUUCGUUGCAAUGCUGUGGUUAAUGAGGAUGCUAAUGCAAAAUUGAUUCGUGAGUUGAAGGAGGAGAUCCAGCGUCUUCGUGAACUAUUGAAGCAAGAGGGCAUUGAAGUUCAAGAAGGCCUGGAUGGCAAGGUCAUCUACCACAAUGACAACCGUCCUGCUGAUCUCGGGCCAUGUCAAGAAAUCACCAAAGUGAUGAAUAGCAAGAAUGACAAGGAGACUCCUCAAAUUACCUCACCUGUGUCGACAGUUGCAGAAGUGGCUGCAGAUCAACUCCAUGCCAAUGAGAAGCUUAUUGCAGAGUUAAAUGAAACUUGGGAAGAAAAGUUAAAACGAACAGAAAGUAUACGCUUGCAGCGAGAAGCUGUUUUUGCCGAAAUGGGUGUAGCGCUAAAAGAAGAUGGUAACACUGUCGGCAUUUUUUCUCCCAAGAAGACUCCUCAUCUUGUGAAUCUUAAUGAAGAUCCCUCAAUGUCCGAGUGUCUUCUUUACUACAUUAAAGAUGGGUUUACUAAAGUCGGUUCAUCAGAAUCGAACAUUCCACAGGAUAUUCAGCUCUGUGGUUCUCAUAUUAUGCCAGAACAUUGCCAGUUUGAGAAUCAUGAAGGAGUUGUAUCUAUUCACCCUAAACCUCAAGCACUAUGUUAUGUUAAUGGUCGUGAAGUAGUGGAGCCCUCUGUUCUUAAAACUGGUUCUCGUGUCAUUCUUGGCAAGAAUCAUGUCUUCAGAUUUAAUCACCCAGAGCAAGCUCGUGAGCGCCGAGAAACAAAAUCACCUACUGAAAAAUCACCUACUGACAAUCCAAUUUCUGGAGAGCCAGCAGACUGGCAAUUUGCUCAGAUUGAGCUUUUGGAAAAGCAAGGUAUUGAUUUGAAGGAGGAGAUGCAGAAGCGGCUUGUGGCACUAGAAGAACAGUACCAACGAGAGAAAGAGGAGGCUCAGAAAGAAUUUGAAAGGGAGAGAAAGAGCUAUGAGGCCAGAAUUGAUGCACUACAAAAACAAGUGGAGGAGCAGAGUAUGACAAUGUCCAUGUAUUCAUCUUACACUCCUGAUGACUUCACCCAUGAAGAUGAUAUCUUUGUAAACCCCUUGUUUGACGCAGAGUGCAACUGGACGGAACGGGAGUAUGCCUUGGCUUCCUGGGCAUUCCGCAAGUGGAAGUACCAUCAGUUCACUUCGCUUCGAGAUGAUCUGUGGGGAAAUGCUAUCUUCCUUAAAGAAGCCAAUGCUAUAUCAGUUGAGCUGAAAAAGAAGGUUCAGUUCCAGUUCACACUGUUGACAGACACAUUGUACUCACCUCUACCUCCGGAUUUUUUACCUCUAAUGGAAGAAGAGGAGGAGGAAGAUGAGGACGACCGCCCUAUUCCUAGGACUAUUGUUGCAGUUGAGGUUCAAGACACAAAGAACGGUGCCACUCAUUACUGGACAUUAGAAAAAUUGAGACAUCGUUUGGAGUUGAUGCGUCAAAUCUACAACUCUGACGUGAGCCCAUAUUCUCCGUUGCCUUCCCCACCAACGGAGCCUCAGACAGAUGAGGAAGUGCAAACCUGCAUACCAGCGUGUAACCAGGCCAGACUCUCCCUGUCCCAGCUGCUGCCUUCCAGGCUCCAGAACUCCCGCAUACAGCGGUUGGAGUUGAUGAGAGAGAUGUACCACAAUGAAGCUGAGCUGUCUCCCACUUCCCCAGACUACAACAUUGAAAGCCUCACUGGGGGAGACCCAUUCUAUGACCGUUUCCCGUGGUUCCGGCUUGUCGGCAGAGGGUUUCUCUACCUAAGUAAUCUCCUAUACCCUGUUCCACUGGUACACCGUGUUGCAAUUGUCAGCGAGCGUGGUGAUGUCAAGGGCUACCUAAAAGUUGCUGUACAAGCUGUUGUUGCAGAAGAAGACGCAGUUGAGAGCACACAGCCUGCUGGAGUUCGACAAUCAGCAAGAAUAUCUUUCAAUGAGGGGACAUUUAAAAGACCGCGGGCAAAACGAGGGUCACUCUCUGCUCAGGUAUUAGAGAAAAAUACAGCUGCUGCUGCCGAGGAGGAGCGAAUAGUCGAGGGUCAGGUUGGCUCUGGAGAUAUUAUUAAACUAGAAGACGAGGUUUGUGAAGUAGAUAGUGGUAGAGGCGACAGUAGUAUUAGUUCCUGUGAAAGCGGAAAAGAUGAUGACCUUCCAUCUCACCUUCGUAUUGGACAAGAAUUUACUUUCCGAGUCACUGUUCUUCAAGCCUUCGAUGUGUCUACAGAAUAUGCUGACAUAUUCUGUCAGUUUAACUUCCUCCAUCGACAUGAUGAAGCCUUCUCAACUGAACCAAUAAAAAAUACUGGAAAAGGACCACCACUUGGUUUCUAUCAUGUACAAAAUAUUACAGUCACAGUUACUCGAGCAUUCCUAGAAUACAUCAAAACACAGCCCAUUGUGUUUGAAGUAUUUGGUCAUUAUCAACAACACCCACUACAUCGUGAUGCUCGCCAAGACGCUACCCACUUCUUACCCCCUGGCAUGGUACCUCCCGGCAGCUCUCGAGCUCCACCGAAGAGGAUGCAGCCUCCCGCCAUCCCCAUCAGUCAGCCAAUACGGUCACCCAAGUUUGGUGUUGUACAGAGUCCUUCUACCUCACAUGUACAUGCUCGACAUGAUCUUCUCGUCUGGUUCGAGAUCUGCGAACUAGCACAGAGUGGAGAAUAUGUUCCAGCAGUGGUUGAACACGGGGAUGAUCUGCCAUGCCGAGGACUCUUCCUCUUGCAUCAGGGUAUCCAACGCCGUAUUCGCAUUACCAUUGUACAUGAACCUUCUCAUGAUCUGAUAUGGCGUGAUGUGCGAGAGCUUGUUGUUGGUCGUAUACGCACAACUCCAGAAAGUGAGGAUGAUAAUAAUGAUGCCUCAGUCUUGUCUCUGGGUCUGUUCCCGGGAGAAUACUUAGAAUACCCUGGAGAAGACCGCACACUCUUCCGAUUUGAAGCUGCUUGGGACUCCUCUCUUCACAACUCCAUCAUGCUGAACCGUGUAACACCUCCAGGAGAACAUGUAUAUAUGACAAUAUCAGCUUAUUUAGAGCUUGAAAACAAUGCACAGCCAGCCAUAAUCACCAAAGACCUAUGCAUGGUUGUUUAUGGCCGAGACUCUCGAACUAUCCCCCGUUCUCUACGUCAUAUCUUCAGUGGCUCAUACAAGAAUGCAGAGGCUAACAGGAUAUGCGGCGUUUAUGAGACAGUACUAAAGCGCGCAGCUGAAGCAGGUAGCCCAGGCUUGCAAAGAAGACAGCGACGGGUGCUGGACACGAGCUCUACUUACGUUAGGGGCGAAGAGAAUCUUCAUGGCUGGAGACCACGGGGUGAUUCUCUCAUUUUUGAACACCAGUGGGAACUAGAAAAGAUCACACGCUUGACUCAAGUUGAGAGAACAAGACACUUCCUCCUCUUACGAGAAAAGCUAGGUCUUGGCAGCACUCCUCAGCCCCUCAAUCACCACCAUGAUUUCACCAAAAGUGAAAAGGAAGUGGCUAAUCAAGCAGCUAAGGCUGGAUGUGAUGCCCGGGCAGUGUUAACACGGUACUCCUCCAGAGAAAUGCCUGCCACUGAUUCUGAUAAUAUGAGUGAUGCAGAAAGGGCUACAGCUCUCAAAUUUGCCCGGCUUAUGCAGGGACGAUCUAUACAGAUUCAUGCCAAACAAGAAACACCAGCACAGACACCAAGUGAUGAACAAGAUGCUCUCACAGCAUCAGUCACCUCCUCGUGCUCUUCCACCACCUCAGCUGAGUUAGCCUCACCGGAGCGACCCCGCGCCCCAGUACCAGAGCUUCAUAUUGCUCUUGGUGGAUCAGCUGUUGUGCCACCUGACUCUCCUCUAGCAAGCCCUGGAGAUUCACAGGGCUCAUCACCCUUGGUUGAAUGUAGACCCAUGCCACUGUUUGUCCCAGAAGUUGAAGAAAUACGCAUAUCUCCUGUAGUCAGUCGAAAAGGCUAUCUAAAUGUGCUGGACGAUCGAACGAACACAUGGAUAAAAAGAUGGGUGGUGGUACGACGGCCAUAUGUGUUUAUCUUUAGAGACGAGCGUGAUCCUGUUGAACGAGGACUUAUUAACUUGGCUACAGCCCAGAUUGAAUAUUCAGAGGACCAACAAGCCAUGGUGCGAGUACCUAAUUCCUUUAGUGUGGUUACAAAACAGCGCGGCUUCCUGUUGCAGACCUUAGGAGAUAAGGAAGUUCAUGACUGGUUGUAUGCUAUCAACCCACUUUUAGCAGGACAGAUCAGAUCAAAAUUAGGUCGUCGAAGUCGUCACACAUCUGGUGGCAACCACCCCAACACACUUUCCGUUCCGACUAAAUGAGAUAAGGACAAUCCAGGGUUGUAUCAGAGUCUCACAAAUCAACUUUACCAACAGCACAUGACAUCUGCUACAGCUUGAGUUGUCAGUGACUUCUCACAUCUUCAUAUUAAUUAUUAAGCUAGGCAGGUACUGAAGACAAUUGGGAAACAAAUCUAAAUAUUUUCACUUAAUAUGAAAAAUAAUAUUUUUUUUCUUUUAUUAAAUAGCUGUGUAAUGGAACUUCAUGUUAAGUCCUAUUUUCCAACAAAUUUAACCUCUGGAAAGACCAUAUGUUUUUUCAGUCUUAGGAUCAACAAAAUCGGGACUCUUUUACCACACUAGUUGGACCAGACUUUUUUUAAAAUCCUCCCUUAAAGCAUGUAGUAGAAGUCAGUGAACUUUGUAAUAAUUAAAUAUAAUGUCUGAGAAAGAUAGAAUGCCUCAUUCUUUUUAUCUGGUGGAAUAAUUAGUGUGAGAUGUUCCAGUAACAGUUGCAUGGCUAUCUGUUCUCUAGUCCUUAAGAUGACAAUACUAUUAAAAAUUGAGCUGUAGGGGCACACUGCAACCACCCAUUUACUAUUGCAGUGUCUGUUGUGUUCCUUCCAAACCUUCAUCAUUAAAGGGGCAAACCAUUAUUUCACUAAUCAUUUGUUGGUCUCAUGUGCUUGCCUGUUGCUUUUUACUGUACACAGGCUCUACCAGCAUCACCCUUAAUUGUGAUCAUUAUUGAUUAUAGUAGACUCAUUAGCAGUGCAAGAUAUAUCAUCAAGUCUUUAAUUUGAGGUGUGAGAAACUUAUUUUUUUUAGUUAUGUACAUAUUGUUUCAUAAAAAUAUUCAAAAAAGAGCAGUAAGAUGCAGUUUACUGACAAUUCUAUAGGGAAACAAUGGUCCUCUUGCUCAUUACUGACAAUUUCUGAAGGGGGCUGAAUCUCUGUACUCAUGACUUUGAGACAUAGUAUUUAUUGUAAGAAUUAUUAUUCUCUAAAAAAAUUUAUGUAUGACAUACCUUUCAUCCACAUGGGUUUUGGUAUGUCAUAGACAGUUUCCUUUUAGGAGCUGAUGUAUGCCUUAUCCAUCUAAUGCUAGAGUUGCUCUUGUCAUACACAGUUUCCCCAUGUAGGAAUCUCUGUAAAUUGUGAACAUUUUCUUUUUACAACCUGCCAUACACUAUACAUAUUUUGUUGGUGUAGUGUAUGCAUAUCUAUAACUAAGAGCUAAUGUGUCUGAAAUGUAACUUCCUCUGCUGAGUUCAUGUAACUUUGUAAAGCAUUACUGUGUGAUGCAGACAUGUUGGAAAAAAGUUGCAGUGGACAGUGCUGGUGGGAGGGGGACACAGUGAGCCCAUUGCCAAGAUUCUCAUUUGUAUGUUGGAUUUCCAGUUGCAAGACACUAGGAAACUAUUGCACAGAAAAUACAUUCCCAGGAAUAGAAUUAAUCAAGGUGAAUUAAUAAAGUUGUGAAUAAGAAAUCUUGUAAGUUGUGAUACUAUAUAUAUAUACAUAUAUAUAUAUAGAUAUAUAUAUAUAUAGAUAGAUAAUUUUUAAAGUGAUAGUUUUUAUUCCAGGCUAGGAGUGAAUUUAGGGCAGCACUAGUAUUCAGAUAAAUACUUUUAGUUUUAUGUAGAAAUCAGGGUGUAAUAUAAACCCAAAAUUUAAAAGAAAAAUCAAAUAUAGUACCAUGCUGCCUGUAGAGAUAUUGAGAAUAUAAUGAUUCCAUUGGACUUCUCAGUGUCAUUAUUUAUUAAAAAUUUUACAAUAUUAUAAGAAGUUUAUGACGUGUCAGAAGAAUUACAGUACGAUUGAAAGUACAUUAAACAUUUAGGGUACACAUUGUACAUGUAUAGCUUGUAUUCUUCUCACCUAGAUAGUGUGAAAACCAGCCCUGAGGCCUUCAGACAACACUCUACCCCAGCAGCUUGCUGGUGCACAAAUGGGCCCAUUUCCUGUUGGUAACUUGAAAAGAUAUGCUAGGUUCUGAAUUACUAUUAGCACCAUAAAAGGAGUUUUCUUUAACAAAAAUAAAGUCACAAUUAGACCAAUUCUAAAUCAGAUGCACUUUGCAAUAGUUAUGACUCAUGGUUUAACCAUUGCUGUUGCAGUGUGUGUCUGGUUGUCUUAAAACUUUCUAUACUCUAUAAUUUCAAUCUUUCAACACUGCUGUUUCUUCCAUUGUUAUUCUUCCCUCAACAGAAUCUGAAUACAGAAGAUUGUUAGGUUUGUCUGCACUAGUGUUGAACCUCUGUGAUGUCUCCCAGAACUGGACACUCGCCUUGCCAAGCAGGGUAAAGAAUAGUAAUUUAAAGUCUAUAUCUGUGAAAUUAACAGUUAUAAGUAUUAGAUGGAUUUUCAGUAAGGCACAUUUACCUGAUGAAAAACAGAUAAUAAGACUUAUUGCAAGAUCAUUUUAAUACGCAAUUACUGAUUAUGUCACAGUCUCCUCUUUUUUUUUUUAUUCCCUUACCCCCCCCCCCCUUGUAGAAACUUGUCAUCAGAGGUAUUUUACAAUCUAAAUAUAGUAGAAUGUUUAUUUGUCAAAACACCUGACUCGGUGAUUGGAAGACUGAAACCAAAGAUGUUAGUUGAUAAGUAUAAGCGUAUCUUUAUCUAGUCACAUGCAUCACCAUUACUCACCAUAAUACAUUUUAAGUUUCUCAUAAAAUAUAUAGUUUUUGUUUGUUUGCCCAUUUGUUCCUUCAAGAGUUUAAAGCUUUAUAUUUGUGAUUCAUGAAAGUUAGAAGUGAUUGUCCUGCAACUGUGGCUUGGUAUAUGUUAUGAAUAUACAUCAGGGCAAUCUUGAACUAUAUAAAUUUACAGAGUUUUUUAGAAAAAUUAUAAUUUGGAUAUUAAUAUUUAGUAAUAUUGUGUUAUAAUAGAGUAUAUCUCAAACAAUUAUUUAUGAAACUCACUGUAAAGCUUGAUGUUUACAAUGAUAUGGCCAAAUGUAAUCAUUUA